GGCACCUGUUCGUAUCUAACGGUCUGCUACAGCCUGUUCACCAGUGCCACCACCUUCCAAAUGAACAAAUGUCCACUGUGGAGAGCCUCUCUCCCGCCGCGUUGAACCCUCCUCUCGUCCUCCAUAGUCUCAGGCUCACAUAGGACGUUAAACCAAUCAAUCAAUCAAUCAAUCAAUCGAAUAAUCAAAUAAUCAAUCAAUCAGUCAAUCCGCCGCCGCGUAAUCGCUAAGAAGUCAAGGCGCUAGGCUGUCUAGAAGCACCGAAGACUCGACCGUCGCGCAAGCCGCAAGGCACUCAGUCCGCUACGCUCGCUCUGCCCACGUGUGGGAUGUUGGACGACAAUGUCAGGCGCCGGAGACUCGAGCGGCGGCGCGCGCAGACGGCGCUCAGCAUCUCACGAUGACGACGAUCUAACGACUACCGUCGCGGAGACGACUGCCCCACCGUAUGCGAUCGAGCGUCCACGAGAGACUGCGGGCGACAAUGUGCCCGCCUCGAGAACCGCAGCGUUCGAAAGCACCUCCCGGCCGACAGCGUCACGCCUAUCCUCUGACGUCUCGCAACGAGUACGCUUCUCGACCGACAUCGUACGUCAUGCACCAGCGCAAAGGUCGAGCUUGGCGAGGAACAGAGCGUCGAUCGAUGAGGUUGCCCAGGUAGCGAAGCGUUCCGAUUCGAAAGAGAGGCCUGGCACUUCGAACCUGACAGUCGACACGCGUGAGGUGUCUCCAGGGGGCGCAGAGGCUCCAGGGCAAGGACACACCUCUCCGUCCUCACACAUGUCGCCUCUGCCACCACGACCCUCUGGCAAGAGCUCGCCGCUCUCCCCCAAGGCUCGCAAUCGAGGCCUGUCCAUGCGCAGCGCUCUCUUCAGGAAGAAUUACUCGGACCAAGCGCAACCGCCUGCAGCAAGCAUUGAGUUGGACGAGCACAUGGGCAGCUCGCAAAGCGACACUGGCCAAUCGAGAGUGCACGGCAACAGACAUGCGCUAAAGAGUGGCGACACUGUGGUAUCGGUUACUCCUGCACAGAUCGAGUACGCCUCAGAAGCAUCAGACCUAUCCAAUGCAAAAUUAGGGAAGGGACCAAUCGCCUUACCGCACUACAACAAUUGGGCAAAAACACAGGCCGGGAGGAAGUCGACAUACGGAAAGCGAGCGCGCGGCUUCGCGGAGCAGGCACGCAAGUUCAUACUACGACAGCAUGAUACACCGCCCAGCAAAGAUGGACGACACAUACUCUUGGAUCCCACGCGGAGAGAGCCCUUGAUCGACGAACGAACGACACAACCAUACGUCCACAAUUGGAUACGAUCUACACGAUACUCAGCCUGGAACUUUGUACCUCGUCAACUUGUUGCCCAAUUCUCCAAACUCGCAAACUUUUAUUUCCUCGUUAUAUCUAUUCUGCAAAUGAUACCCGAUCUCAGUACCACUGGAAAGUACACCACCAUUGUACCGCUGUUGUUUUUUGUUUUCCUCUCCAUUGCGAAAGAAGGAUACGACGACUUGAGACGAUACCGGCUCGACAAGGCGGAGAACAACCGAGAGGCGAAGGUCUUGCGCGCGAGCCCAUCACCGGUGUUCAAGAGUGGUUCGACGGACGACGGAAGUGUAUCUUCCCCCGAACCGGAGAAAUUGGCGUGGGAGACUAUCAAGUGGCAGGACAUUCAGGUGGGAGAUAUUAUCAAGCUGGAUCGUGACGAUGCCGCGCCAGCAGACCUCGCUCUGCUACAUUCCAGUGGAGAGAACAGUGUGGCUUUCGUAGAAACCAUGGCUCUAGACGGCGAAACAAACUUGAAGAGCAAGCAAACGGCGGCAUCGAUGGCGAAGAUCAUCAAAAGUCAGGAGCAUGUACUACGGACUGAAGCCGAGUUCGUCAUUGAGGAUCCAAACCGCGACUUGUACAGCUUCGAGGGCCGUGUCAAAGUGGGUGGCAAGCAAGCACCUUUGACGUUGAACGAGAUCGUCUUCCGAGGUAGUAUCCUCCGAAAUACUCCAGAUGCUGUUGGACUUGUCAUCUACUCUGGCGAAGAAUGCCGCAUCCGCAUGAACGCCAACAAGAACCCCCGCAUCAAAGCCCCAGCGCUCCAAGGCUUCGUCAACCGCAUAGUCAUCAUCAUUGUUAUCUUCGUCAUCCUCCUCUCCGUCUUCAACGCUGUUGCAUAUAAGAUAUGGCAACGCAAGGAAGACGAGUUGUGGUAUCUAUCCGGAUCCUCUGUCGCCUUCUUCCCAAGUUUCACUUCCUUCGUCAUCAUGUUCAAUACCAUGAUCCCCCUGUCGCUGUACGUCAGUUUGGAGAUCGUCAAGCUGGCACAGAUGUUCUUCCUGCACACGGACAUCGACAUGUACGACCCAGUGUCAGAUACACCUUGCGAACCAAGAACCUCGACCAUCAACGAAGAACUCGGACAGAUUAGCUACAUCUUCUCCGACAAAACGGGUACGCUCACAGACAACUCGAUGAAGUUCCGCAAGUUGAGCGUGGCUGGAGUGGCCUGGCUUCACGACGCUGAUCUGCCUGGCUCGAAGAAGAAGAAGCUGAAGAACAGGCCACGCAAGAAAGGGAAAGAGCCAGCAAAGAGCAGGAAGAGCGUGCGGUCAACAAAGGACGUCUUGUCUGAGGAGCAUGGCAUGGCUACGCUCGACUUUGGCGAGCAGACUGAUGUCGAAGAAACGAUAGGCUCGAAGUGGCAGUCGACGACAAGGCCGCACAAGGCAUCUCGGGAGCUUCUGACUGGCGACAUGCUUCGAUACAUACAGGAAAAGCCUCACACUCCAUUCUCGAGGAAAGCGCGAAUGUUCCUCCUUUCCCUGGCACUUUGCCACACCUGCCUACCAGAAGUCCAGGAGGAUGGCAAGACGCAUUUCAUGGCCUCAUCUCCUGAUGAACUUGCUCUCGUUCAAGCAGCUCAAGACAUGGGCUUUUUGCUGAUCAACCGAGACGUGCAUUCCAUGACGCUGAAGAUCCUGCCCUCCGGAUCAGAGGGCGAACCCAUACUUGAGACUUAUGAGAUCCUGGAUGUGAUCGAGUUUUCUAGCAAGCGGAAGAGGAUGUCGAUUGUGCUCCGCUUUCCAGACGGGCGCGUAUGCAUCAUUUGCAAAGGUGCUGAUUCCAUCAUCAUGCAGCGUCUCAAGCUGGCUGCACUUGCGAACAGGAAGAUGGUCGAAAUCGAGCGUCGUGCGAACAAGAGGAAGAGCAUGGAAGUCCAAUCAGCUAUUGCUUAUAUGAACGAACAGACCGAGAGGAAGAGUAGUAUUGGUGGCCGCAGAAGUAUGUCGGUUGCACAAGCUGCCCGUGCCAGUAUCAGCAUGGGCAGGCACUCGAUCGCUCGAAGCAGUAUUGGUGGUCGGCCUUCCGUGUCUGCGAGGGACGAGAUGGAUCUGUGGCUGCGACAGCGGGAGAAUGAUUUUGGCCGUCGCCACCCAGUCGAAGGUACCGUCUCGCCUGCGCGAACACCCCGUCAGUCCGACCUUGGACGACUCUCUUCAGUGGCUUCAUCCGCAAGGAGUUCGAUGCAGUUAGAAGACAUGGAGGCCAUGGUCGACGAGAAUGUUGCAGGCGAUGAUUCUGCUGUUAUCGAGCGGUGUUUGCAACACAUCAAUGAGUUUGCUACCGAAGGUCUUCGAACGUUGCUCUACGGCUACCGUUACCUGACGGAGGACGAGUACCAGACAUGGAAGAAAGGCUACCUGGAAGCUACCACAAGCCUUGUGGACCGAACUAGGCUCAUCGAAGAAGCUGGCGAUAUGAUCGAGCAAGAUCUUGACCUGUGUGCUGCGACCGCCAUCGAAGACAAGCUCCAGCAAGGUGUCCCAGAGGCAAUCGACAAGCUACGCCGAGCCAAGAUCAAGAUGUGGAUGCUAACAGGCGACAAGCGCGAGACAGCCAUCAACAUUGGCUACUCCUGCCGUCUGAUCAAGGACUACUCCACCGUCACCAUUCUCGAUCACAAAACCGGGCAAGUCGAGCAAAUGGCCGCCGCAGCCGUGUUAGCCAUCACACAGGGCACCGUAGCGCACUCCGUCGUCGUAGUUGAUGGUCAGACUCUCUCGCGUAUCACCGAAGACGGCACCCUCCAAAUUCUCUUCUACGAGCUGGCCAUCCUCGCCGACUCGGUAAUCUGCUGCCGUGCUUCGCCCUCCCAAAAAGCCCUCCUCGUAAAUACCAUCCGCAAGCGUGUGAAAAAGAGCAUCACCCUCGCCAUCGGCGACGGCGCAAACGACAUCGCUAUGAUCCAAGAAGCGCACGUCGGCAUCGGCAUCACAGGCAAAGAAGGGCUUCAAGCAGCACGCACCUCCGACUACUCGAUCGCACAGUUCAGGUUUCUGACCAAACUUCUUCUCGUCCAUGGUCGGUGGAAUUAUAUUCGCACCUGCAAAUACACCGUCGGCACCUUUUGGAAAGAAAUGCUCUUCUACCUUACGCAAGCCCUAUACCAACGCUCUGUCGGCUACACCGGUACCUCCUUAUACGAGUCAUGGUCGCUUAGUAUGUUCAACACGCUCUUCACAUCCCUCCCCGUAAUCUUCAUGGGCGUGUUUGAAAAAGACCUCUCUGCAUCCACACUCCUUGCUGUGCCGGAAUUGUACACAAAGGGCCAGCGCAACGGCGGUUUCAACUUCAAAGUCUACUUGGGUUGGAUGUUCAUGGCCUCCGCGGAAGCAAUGAUUGUGUACUUCUGCAUGCUCUCGCUGUUCGGCGACGCGCUGUUCACUGAAGAUAAUAGUAUCUUUGCGCUGGGAAGUAUUACGUAUACUGCCGUUGUCUGGGCGAUCAGCUUGAAGGUGCAGUUCAUCGAAACGCACUCAAAGACAAUAACAAACGGCAUAGCAAUCUUCUGUUCCGUCGGCGGCUGGUUCCUCUGGAACAUCAUCCUGUCCGCAACUUACAACCCCAAAUCCACAAUCUACUAUGUGCGCUCCACUUUCCUGGAGGGUUUCGGUGCGAGUCUGACAUGGUGGCUCGUCCUCAUCAUCAUCCUCUUGUCAGUCAUUGUCUUUGAGCUUGGUGUAAAAGCACUGUUGGCUGCGUUUUGGCCGACGGAUGAAGAUCACUUUCAGGUGCUGGAGAAGGAUCCGGAUGUUAAGAGACGGUUCGAGGAGGCCGCGGCUGAGGAAUUGCAGUUGGGAUGGGAUCGGAAGACGAAUAAACACCGAGAUGAAGAAGAGAAGGCAAAGGAGGUCGUUGAGGCGAUCAAGGCCAAGGAGGAGGAGGAGAGGAGAGAGAAUGAAGUCAAGGAGCUGUUGAAGAAUAGGGUAGAGGUGCUGGAGACGGAUGGGAGUCCGGAAAGGAGCGCGGAGGGAGGUGUGGGGAGUAGUGGUGAUGUCGACAGGACGUUGAGUAAAGGGUUUGGGAAGGUGAGAAGGGACUAAGGGUGCAUGGAUUGCGUUGUGAUUUUGCAUACGUCAUUGCGUUAUCUUGUUGCUUGUUGCGUUUUGAGCUUUUGAUACCAUGUACAUUCACUGCGCCGCUGCAUUCUGCGCACUCCGAACUUGAUAUCAUCUACCUUUCGCAUACAGGCGCUGCAGUCGCGUUUUUCGCAUGGUCCUAACCUAUGAGCACGUGUAAGCCUGCGCCUCUCAUGUUGCAGAAAAGCUCUGACGCAGCAGCUGUCUGGAGGCCUUUGGAGUAGUUCUGAUUGUGAGUUGAG